AUGGCUACCGCACCUCUCACCCUCCCCUCCCCGGCGGCCGUCACUAAGAUCCUCGUAGUCGGAGGAUCCUAUGCUGGUCUAUCCGCCACCGUCAACCUCCUCGACUUGGGUAACCAUCUUCGACCCCGGAUGGUCUACCCUUCUUAUAAACACACUAUCGACGCCCCUAGGACGCCAGUCGAGAUUACUCUCGUAGAUGAGCGAGAUGGCUUCUUCCAUCUUAUCGGCACGCCGCUCGCCUUCGCGUCCAACGAUUACGCUCGCCAGUCUUGGAUUCGCUACGCCGACAUCCCCGCCUUGCAGGUCCCCAAUGUGCGCUUUGUCCAAGGAAGCGUGACUAGUCUCGAUUGCGCCGCCAAGAAAGCGAGCAUCCUGAACCAGACGACCAAGGAGACCUCCCUCGAGGACUAUGACUUCCUCAUUGCCGCUUCUGGCCUGCGGAGGCCGUACCCCGUAGUACCCCAGUCCCUCAGCAGGAAGCAGUUCCUGAUGGAGGCCGAGGAGCACAUCCACGGCGUCUCCAACGCGCCGCUCGGCGUGGUCGUCGUGGGCGGUGGCGCUGUCGGGAUCGAGAUGGCGGCGGAGCUCAAGGUCGUCCAGCCCGACGUCAAGGUCACCCUCGUCCACUCGCGUGACCAGCUGCUCUCGUCCGAGGCGCUGUCGGAUGAGUGUAAGGACAAGGCUCUCGAACUCCUCAAGGAGGCCAACGUCGAGGUUCUCCUCGGGAAGCGAGUCAAGGAUACCAAGACCGAGGUCAAGGACGGCGUCAAGAAAGUCGAGAUUGAGCUGAGCGAUGGGUCGAGCAUUGUUGCCAAUGAGAUUAUGUGGGCCAUCUCCAACCCGACUCCCUCAAGCCAAUACCUCCCCGCCAGCGCAAUUGACGAGGAGGGCUAUGUCCACAUCACCCCCAGCCUUCACCUCACUGAAGACACUGGUGUACCAAACCACAAGUCUCACUGGGUUGCUGGCGAUGUCUGCCGCUGGUCCGGUAUGAAGCGCGCCGGCCGCGCUAUGCACAUGGGCUACUACGCCGCCGUCAACAUCCACCAGACCAUCCUCUCCCGUAUUAUUCCAGACCAUGAGCCCUUCCAGCACGAGCUUGACCCUAUCCCUGCCAUGAUUGGUCUCGCCGUCGGUACCAGUGCCGUCGCGUCGGGCCCUGACGGGACGACCUUUGGCCCGGAUGUCAUGCAAGCGUACUUUAGGGACGACUUGGGCCUUGCCAUCUGCUGGGAGUAUAUGAAGCUUUCCGAGGACAAGUGGAAGGAUAGGCUCGCUGCUGGAUUGUAA